AUGUUGUCAGCUACCGUCUCCGGGAACUCUGUCACCACCGCAACCACCGUCGGCCGACGGAGAAUGUUCUCUGUUAUGACACGUAUUUCUUCCCCUCGUUCAUACAAAAUACUAGCAUCAUCAAUGACAUCCUCGGGACUCACAGCAACACUGAAAACGACACCCAACAAGGAUAAGAUAGUGACGGACAGCCUGAGGGUGUUGGAGUGGGACAAGCUAUGUGAUUCCGUGGCCACCUUCGCCGCCACAUAUUCAGGCAAAAAGGCCGUCAGAGAACAGCUCUGGUCACUGGAUACAACUUACGAGGAGAGUUUAUCACUGUUGAAUGAGACCAGUGCGUUGGUGCAGAUGCACGACUUUGGAGCCAUGCUGGAAUUCAUCUCCAUUGACUCCUCACUUGUGGAAUUGGCAAUACAAUGCGCAAAGAGGGAUUCUCCUGUCAGUGCACAGGAAGCAGUGGCUGUCCUCGCACUACUGCAGUUUAUGGAAUCCUUGCAGUUCAAUCUGAAAGCUGCAAUAAAGAGAGACUCUGAAUGUUAUCAGCGUUUCAUGCCUCUCUCUCAGAGGAUUAUGGAACUAGUUGUGAGUAGAUCCUUGAUGAAGUACAUUCAACAACUAAUUGAUGAAGAUGGCUUCGUUAAGGAUUCAGCCAGUUCUGCCCUAAAACAAUCCCGUGAUCAAGUGCGGUUUCUAGAAAGGAAGUUACAGGACUUGAUGGCGAGCUUGAUGAGGAACGAUAUGAACGGAACAUCCUCUUUGGAAAUAAGCAAUGUUGAUGGCAGAUGGUGCAUAUCGUCAAGCAGUAAACUGCAAACAAGUUUUGAUGGCCUGUUGUUAUCAAGGUGGAGGUAG